AUUGGAACCAGAACGCGGGACCAAAGGCCUCUCACUAAAAAUGGGGGAAAGCGAUGCAGAAAGUGAUUCGUGCAGUGGCUCCAGUAGUAGCAGUGGCUCCUCGAGCAGUUCCUCCACCAGUGGCAGCGGCAGUGCCUCCAAAAGUGAUGCUGGUAGCCGUCUGGCAAGCGGUCAGGAGGAAAACGAAGAGGAAGAGCGCGGCCAGAAGGCAAAAGAAGUGGCAGAAGAAGAAGUGACGCCGGCAGAAGUAUCUAAUGAUUCCCCCGCCGUAGAGGAGCCGCCGCAAAAGAAGGAGGAGGAAGAAAAGAAAGUGCUACAAACAGACGAAAAAGUUGCCUCUCCAAAAGAGGAGGACGAGCAAAAGCAAACCGCAGCAGCAAAGCCGGAAAAACAAUCAAAUGUUGACUCUUCCACAGCUGCUGUUGCUGUUGACACGUCUGUGUCGGCUGGCGUGGAAAAAGCAGAAGCAGAAGCAGUACCGACAGCAGCGGCGCCUGCAGAGGCAGCAGAAAAAGUAGAAGAGGAAGCUAUAACAAAAUCAAUUGAAGCGGAAACAGAAACCGAAACAUCUACCCCGCAACGACCCUUGGAUGCCACAACUGUGACUAAUUCCGAUGAGAAACCGCAGCCAGAGGCAGCGGCAGUGGCAGUAACAGAGGAGGAACCUGAUAAAGAUCAUUCCGUGACCACUAAUGGAGCGGACAAUGCAGCAGCAGCACCACCACCAACAGCUGCCAGUCCAUCGAAUCACAUCGAAGAGGGCGAAAUAACUGAUGUAAGUUUUGAUCAAACAAAACUACAAGCCGCUGAAAAAAACUCAUGGCAAUCCCUUCCACAGAAGGACGACGACGACGAUAAUGUGCCGCCGCCUGUGCCUGUGCCUGUGCCCAAGCAGACGCUGGCCAGCGAAGUGCGCAAACGUAGUCGCAGUGGUGAUGAAAAGAGCCGUAACCGGCGACGCAGUCCCAGCCGCAGUCGCCGUCGCACCCGUACACGCAGUCGCAGCAAGAGCCCGAAGCGUCGCCGCUCCAGCUCCUUGGAGCGGAGACGCCGCGAACGUCAGAAGCGGCACGAGGAGCGCGAUAAACGCGAUCAGGUGCGGGCGAGGGAGCGCGAAGAUCGUCGUCGCAAUGAAAAGUCGCGCAGCAGUCGGCGCGAUGAUUCUCGCGAGAGAUCCAGGCGGAGGUCCAGCGACAAGCGGCGCUCCAGCUCGAGUGGCGGCUCCAAGAGGGCAGGUUCGGCAAUCGCCGACAAUGCCACGGUCACAAAUCCCACGGCCAAGAUCACAGAACGCCAGCGUCGCACUGUGGAUGUGCUGACAUCGCGCACCGGAGGCGCUUACAUACCGCCAGCGAAGCUCCGGCUGCUGCAGGAGGGGAUCACGGACAAGGCAUCGGCUGCGUAUCAGCGCAUCGCCUGGGAGGCGCUCAAGAAGUCCAUUCACGGGUACAUCAACAAGGUGAAUGUCACAAAUAUUGCCAUCAUUACCCGCGAACUCCUGCGGGAGAACAUCGUCCGUGGACGGGGCCUGCUGUCGAGGAGCAUCAUCCAGGCCCAGGCCGCCUCGCCCACCUUCACGCACGUGUAUGCCGCUCUGGUGGCCAUUAUCAAUUCGAAAUUCCCGAAUAUCGGCGAGCUGCUGCUCAAGCGUCUGGUCAUUCAGUUCCGCCGUGCCUUUCGGCGCAAUGACAAGCUCGUCUGCUUGUCGUCCACUCGAUUCAUUGCUCAUCUGGUGAAUCAGCGUGUGGCCCACGAAAUACUGGCCCUGGAGAUUCUCACGCUCCUGGUGGAGACGCCCACCGAUGAUUCCGUGGAGGUGGCCAUUGCCUUUCUCAAGGAGUGCGGCAUGAAACUGACGGAGGUCUCGUCCAAGGGCAUUGGGGCCAUUUUUGAGAUGCUGCGCAACAUCCUGCACGAGGGAAAGCUGGACAAACGAGUACAGUACAUGAUCGAGGUGCUGUUUCAAGUGCGCAAGGAUGGCUUCAAGGAUCAUCUGGCCAUUGUGGGAGAACUGGAGCUGGUCGAAGAGGACGAGCAGUUUACGCAUCUCAUGAUGCUGGACGAGGCCACCGAAACGGAGGAUAUACUGAAUGUCUUCAAAUUUGACGAGAACUUUGCCGAAAACGAGGACAAAUACAAGGGUCUGAGUGCCGAAAUCCUGGGCAGCGAUGAUGGCAGCGGCUCGGGCUCUGGCUCUGGCUCGGGCUCCGAUUCCGACAGCGAUUCGGAUGGUGAAAUCAACUCGGAUGCCGAAGUCGGCAAAAAGACCGAUGCCGGGGAUAUUAUCGACAACACGGAGACGAAUCUAAUUGCUCUGCGGCGCACCAUAUAUCUGACGAUCAACUCGAGUUUGGAUUACGAGGAGUGCGCCCACAAGCUGAUGAAAAUGGAGCUGAAGCCGGGGCAGGAGGUGGAGCUGUGCCACAUGUUCCUCGACUGCUGUGCCGAGCAGCGGACCUACGAGAAGUUCUACGGCCUGUUGGCGCAGCGUUUCUGCAACAUCAAUCGAAUGUAUAUACCCCCCUUCGAGGAGAUCUUCAAGGACACCUACCAGACGACGCAUCGCCUGGACACGAAUCGGUUGCGGAAUGUGAGCAAGUUCUUUGCCCAUCUGCUCUUCACCGAUUCCAUCAGCUGGGAUGUCUUGGACUGUGUCCUGCUGAACGAGGACGAUACCACCUCAUCCAGUCGCAUUUUCAUCAAGAUUCUGUUCCAGGAGCUCGCCGAAUACAUGGGCUUGGGCAAACUCAACUCCAAGCUCAAGGAAGAGGUGCUGGUGGAGAGCCUGGCGGGUCUCUUCCCCAAGGAUAAUCCUCGGAACACACGAUUCUCCAUCAAUUUCUUCACGUCCAUUGGUUUGGGUGGACUCACCGAUGAUCUGCGACGUUUCCUAAAGACAGCGCCCAAAGCAGUGCCCGCGAUCAAUUCAGAGCUCCUGUCCACUGGGGGGAAUCCAUUCCGGGAUCCAGGAUCUGCCCCAGCAGCGGGGGCAGUACCCAUUGCUGUGACUUCCUCCUCUGCCGGUUCGUCGAGCAGUUCCAGUAGCAGCAGCAGCGGAGACUCCAGCGAGCAAAAGUCGAGCACCAGCGAUGAGGACAGCGACAGUGAAUCCUCCAGCUCCGAGUCCGAGCCACAGCGAAAGCGUAAACGCAAGGAGAAGCGCAAGAAGAAGCCCAAAAAGCAGCGAAAAUCAGAGCUCAAAAAGUUAAAGGACAAAAAAGACAAAAAGAAGAAAUCCAAAAAGGAAAAGGAUAAAGAGAAGGAGCGGGGGCGCGAGGAGAAAAAGAAGCGCGAAAAGGAGAAGAAAAAGGCCGCCAAAAAGAAGUCGAAACGCAAGCGCAAGCACCAGGAGAGCUCCAGUUCCAGCAGCAGCUCUGAAAGCAGCAAGGCCUCCUCCACAUCCUCCUCAGCAUCAGAGGCCGCCUCGAGCAGCGACGACGACGACAGCGAUGGCCAGCCCCAGCCGAAGAUCAUGCGCCAGGAGCAGAGCAGCAAAAUCCACAACAACCACAACAGCAACAACAAAUUCAAGACCCGAAAGGAAGACAGCGAUGGAUUCAACCUGGAGGGACCACCCAUGGGCCGAGAACAGGAGCGCCAACCACAUUAUCAUCAUCAGCUCAAUGGAAAUGGUGCCAGGAAGCGGGAGCCAUCGUUUUCUGCCCAUGAGGAAAGACACCCGGAGCGGCGAGGGGAGCGAGAUGCCCGUCGUGGAGAAUCCCGAGGUCUUCGUGGAGACUCCGGUGGCCGACGUGGAGACUCCGGUAGUCGUCGUGGAGAAUCGCGAGGUCUUCGUGGAGACUCCGGUGGCCGUCGUCCAGAAACCCGACGAGGCGAAUCCCAAGGCCGCCGAAACGAUAGAGGAGAACAACGUGGUGGCCGCCUCGGCAGUGAUCGUGAUCGAGAACGUGACAGAGGAGAACGAGAUCAGGAAAGAAAUAGAGAACGUGAGCGGGAGCGGGAACGGGAUCAUGACCGUCGUGACAAUCGAGACCGUGACCGUGAUCGGGAUCGUGAUCACCCACGUAAUCGAGAACGUUCCCGUGACCAGGAUCGCGCCAGAAAACCAGAACGAGAACGCAGCUCUCACAAGCGCGUGUCCAAGGGGCGCGGAUAAGUUGAUAUUUAGACUGUAACGACAACAAAAUUUAGCCACAUGCAAAUAUUUUUUUUUUAUAAAUAUUUCCAUGUAAACUUUGUACAAAGAACCGGAUCUAUGUUGCUAUAACAAUUGUAAAUGUACUAAAAGCAAAACUGCAUAAAUAAACAAAUUUUAUUACACGAA